AGUCCUCUAAAUUGUUCACCGAAACCCGUCACGCUUUCUCUUUUAAUCGAGUCGGCAUCCUGAAAUGUAACAGAAUCUCAAACUUAUUAACUUUUAACUGGGUUAUUGCAUGUGUUUGUAAAGUAUGUCAGAGAAUAAGAAGACAGUUGUCAACAGAAAAGAACGCAGGAAAUCAUGGUGGAGUGAGCAGAGGAAGAAGGACAAGAAAAGAGAAGGUUUAAGAAAGAGCACACUAACAGUUAGGCCAGCCCUCUAUACAGAAACCAAAAUAAUCACUCAAGAUGAUGAAAGUAAGCCAAGAUUAGUCAACCACAGAGCUAAAAAGAUCCCAAAGGUGCCAGUCAAUGGUGAAAAGAACAACAAAACCAAACUCGCCAAAACCAAACCAGCAUCGGAAGAAAGCCCAUCUCCUAGUCCGUCCAAACUUCUGCCUCAGAAAUAUGUCCUGUUUGUGGGGAAUCUCCCGUACACUAUCACCAAAGAACAGCUGGAGGAACACUUCAGAAAAACAGGUGGAGUGAAAGCAAUCAGGAUCCCAAAAGGAAAAGGCACAGGGAUGAGCAAAGGGUUUGCUUAUGUUGAACUCAAAGAUAGGAUUAGUCAUGGGAUUGCCUUAAGAUUGCACCACACAACACUAGCUGGCCGUAAAAUAAAUGUUGAGUUCACAUCUCAUGGUAAUGGGAAAAGUGAAGCAAGGAAAGAAAAACUCAAACUUAAAAACCUGAAGCUUGCAAAAAUGAAAGUGCCUGUCAAAGAUUCAUGAUCUCAUAUAAUCAACUCUUCACUCAUGUGUGCAUGAUAGAUUGAUGGGGCCUAUCAAGUUGAGUUUGUGAAAACAGAGGCCUUGGAUAAAGUUAGGGAAAAGAUAUUGGUGAUGAUUCUGAGAAGUGCAUUUUGUGAUUUUUUAAGGGCACAAUGUUUUUUUAAUUCCUUAGUUUAUUAGUGUACAUAAAGAUUGCUAGCACUAAAACAGUCAUUACUUUUUAAGUAUUGAAACUAAUAUCAAUUUUCCAUUUUAUGUGUGUAGCUGCUAUGUCAUGCGAAACUGUUACAUACUAUCUGUUUUAAAAAUAUUCAAUUUGAAGUCAAGUUAAUUGCUUUAAAAAUUGUGACACAUUUGUAAUCUUUAGGCAUCAGUACUAAUUGUUAUUUACUUAGUAUUAUUAAAGCAAUAGCAUUUCACCUGUUACGAGUUUGAUGUAGAUGUAUUUUUAAUAGUGAGGGAGAUAACUCAUAAUUACCCUGUAUUAUGAAAACCUUAUGUUGCAGUUUCUUGAAUUGAAAAUGGAGGUUUCAUUGAUAGUAGCUACCAUUUAAAGCUGGAAACAAUUGGCUAACUUCAGGCUUUUAUGAUUCAGUCUGGCAAAUGUUUCAGUAUUUUUAUUUUUAUGAUAUAAAUGCCAAAACAUCACCUUUGUACAGAGUGUAGAGGAACUGUAUCAAUGUUUGAUUUGCUUUUAGGAUUUAGUUGACUGUGCAGCUUAUUUAUGACAAACUGCUUAGGUUAGUGUAUGUGUGUGUGUGUGUGUGUGUGUGUGUGUGUGUGUGUGUACACUUGUUUUUAGAACCUGUUACAUGUGUUUCAUGUGUCUUGUUACUAUUGGAUGUUAAGGUUCAUAUGUUGAACAUUUGGUGCUUAAAUAAUUGUACUCGGUAAAAUGCAAGUUUGUUGGAGAUUGUGAAAGAUAUUUAUGAACAGGAGAAAGUCUGUGUGAACUUCUCUGGUUGCAUUUAGUCUCAAUACUUGUAUGCUGGAUCAUAUCACAUUUGCAUAUUCUGUUUCUGUGAAACUAUUAAAUACAUGAACACAAUUUUACAAAUAAGUUUUAGGGUACUUGUGUUAUGUUUUGUUUUAAUGUGCAUAUUUUGUCUGAAUGAGAAUCGUGUUUGAACUAGAAUGAAUUAGUGACAAUGUAAUAAAGGACAAGACUUGUGUAAGUGUUAGUAAUAUGAACAUUGUGAGAGUUACAGGUGUGUAAGUGUUAGUACUAUGAACAUUGUGAGAGUUACAGGUGUGCAAGUGUUAGUACUAUGAACAUUGUGAGAGUUACAGGUAAUAAGUAUUGGUAUGACCCAAAGAUCAAAGAUGAGGAUGUGUUGUUAGUCCACCUGUUGAGCUUUUCUGAUCAAAGUUUUUUCAUCAUCCGGCUGUUGUUAUAAACUUUUCAACUUCUUCUAAAGGACCAGACCUGGCACAACCCACUGUUAUGCAUGAUUAUGAGAUAAUUAAGUAAAGAUAAGUGGGGGAUAUUUAAGAUAUCAACAAAAAGCAUAAGGAUACCAUAUGUCAAAUUAAUAUGCAGUCUUUUUUAUAGUUUACAUUCAAUUUUAUAUAGACAUGACCCCAAGCAUUUUGGCUGGGCCACAAGAGGGGUUUUAACUUUUAUAUAGGAUCGUCUUUAAAAAAAAUUCUGUCUAUUUAAGAACCUCAGUGGUAAAAUAUGUGAAGUGUGCGAAAUGUAUGUAUUGUAGACUCAUUCCAUUGGCAAUUUUGAUUUAAGGUAACUCCAUACUCGCAGUUUUAUCUGAUACAAGUUUGAAAAAUAUAUUUAUUUCCAUUCAUUACAGUUAAAACUAACAAAUUAUUGAAUAAAAUACAUAGGUCAUCACACUUUUUAAGAUAUGAGACAUGCAUAAACAGAAUCAAAAUUGCAAUCUUCCUUAAACAGCGUUAUCAAAAUUUCAUACAAACAGGUUAUGACGAUAUAGUAGCAUUCAUAACAAUUUCAUGAAAGUAUCUUCACAAAAAUAUACAAAAUGUUUGAAAAAAAUGAAGGAAAUCUAUCUCGUGAUAGACUUGAUAAAGAAAUCAAUAGAAACAGAGUUAUUGCCCUUGGAUUCAAUAUUUUGAAAUGUAUAAUUGAUUAUUCAUCUAUAAUUUAGACUUUUAAAAUAGUUUAUUUUUAACAGGAUUUUUUACAAUAACUAUCAGAAAAGACUCCAACAAAAUUUAUGUUCCUAUCAUGCAUAAAUCUAAAUAAAUCAUUGAUAUUGCAAAAUCUGAUGACAUUACUUUAAAUAUAGAUGUUUUACAUGGGGAAAAUGCAACUACUCAGAUAAGCAAUGUGACCAAUAAUCCUCUUGUUAUUGGUCUGUCUGUCUGUUCACAUCAUAAAAUAAUCUGGGUCAUACAGUGAAGACUUUAUUUGUUGAAAUGAAAGUUCAGGUCAAGUCUGUUAUUCCAGGUCAAAGUAGUAUGUUGGUUAAAUUUGGCACCAUCAUCAGAUAUGUGGCUAUUAACAGGGGCAAAUUAUUUCACAAACACAUUCUCAUUUGAAUGUUAUUUUUCAUUCUUUGUUUAAGUACGGUUUCUUGAAAUGGUGAAUGUGUUUAGUUUUACAGUAGUAAUGAUUGUCUAGAUGUAUUGAAUUUGAAUGGUGAUGAAUUGUUUACAUUUACAUAUCUGAAAUAAUUGUGAAAAAAAAAUUGUAUUAAUUUAUUAUUAGAUUCCUAAUUAAAUGGUUUAAAGAGGUUCGCACCUGAGUUUUGUAGUAUUGACAAUUUCUUUGGAUGUGUAUUUUAAUUUCUACAUUGAAUAGGAAUUAUGACAUUAAAAGCAAAACUGGAA